AUGUUUGCCUCGCCGGGAGAGUACUUUGCCCUGUGGGAGGAGGCGCAGGCCGAGUUGGAUGCGCGGAUUGGCGAUCUGGACAAAGAGGUUGAAGCCCGUGCCGAUGCUGCCAUCCAGAGUGCGCGCGCCGCCAGGCUCGAUGCUGAGCGCGACGCUCGGUACCAGGAGGCGCGCCGGCGGGCAUCGACGGGAUACGUGGCGCUCACCUCGCUGACGAGGGCAGAAGCCACGCUUAACGAGAUGGAGUACAAACUAGAAGGUCUUGAGGCUGCGUUUGCGGUACCCGAUCUCGGCGUUGACGACCAGCAUGAAGAUCCGAUGGCUGCGUACCUGACCGAGCAAGCGCUCGAAGACCACGGCGCUGAGCUUCCCGGCGCCCCGCAUCUUUAUGUGCAUCUCUCGCGCGAGGAGCGGAUCAAACGAGCCAACGCACUUUCACGGCUCUUUACCCACGAGUCGGUCCGUGCCUUUUACCUUUCGUACGAUGAGCGGAUGGCCAAGCUCGACGAGGUCGAGCAGUGGCUCAGCUACGCGCGCGAGACUGAGCCGGACGAGCCGGCGUGGGUCGCCGAAGAGCUGGAGACCAAGGCCGCCAUGGAAGCACUGACCGAAGUUCAGGUCUACUACCGCCAGCACGGCCUGGAGGACUUUGGCUCGCUUCGCGAUCAGUGCUUUAAUCUGCUUGCGCUCCUGCAUGCUGUCGGCGACUCGCCGGACCGGCUCCUGACCGUUGGCACCGUCACCGAACUGCGCGCCCUUGUCGAGACCGCGAUCAAGAACGUGCUUUCGAUGGACGCGUCGCUCCGGGCCCAGCUGCUUCGGGCCAACAGGCUCGACGCGCAAAAGUCAGCCAUGGAGUCGCUGCUGGUCAAGAUGGAAGAGGAGAUUUACCGCGAGCGCCAAAAGAUGCGCAAGGUGCAGGCCAAGGCUGCCAGGGACCGCUCCGAGGCCGCGCGCGCCCUCGAUCGCUUGCGCCUGUCGGCCGCACCGCAGGGGCGGGCGUGGGGCAGCGGUGACGUGACGCCCGUCUCGGCACGCAACGUCGCCCAGAUUGAGGCUCAGCUCCGCUCCAAGUACGAGCGUCAGUACGCAGUUGACGUCAAGAACCUCGUCAAGUACGCCGAGCAGCUGGCCGAGGCGGAGACGCCACGCGACUCGUCGCUGACAACUCCGCGCGAGAGUGGGCCUCCGCCCGAGGUGCCGACCGAUACACCGGAGAAGAAGAUGUUUGUGGCACACGCAAAGUCGGUCAUUGCCAAGUCGUUUGCCAAAGUCUCCGAGCGGGCCACUCUGGUUGAUCACUGGCAGGAGGCGCAGGAAGCUCGUGAGCGAGCCCGUGUUGCCCGCGCUAAGCUCGCCCACCAGUCACUGGUCGCCAUGGACGAGCGCCGUGCGCUUGUGGCCGAGCACAACGCCGCUCUCGAAGCCGAGCAGGCCACUGUUCGCACUCAGAAAGUCACCAUCUCCGACUUGGAGAACCAGAUCAGCGGCCUCGAGGCCGAGCUUGCUGACGCCAACGAGGCCUACAAGGCGUUGAUGCAAGAGUUGGACGAUCUGCGCGAGCACAGUUCCCGUAUGCAGCUCCGCCACGAUGCGCUCGCCAACGCCGCCGGCGACAGCUCGGCCUUACAGAAAGAGCUGGAACAGCAGCUUGCCCGUGCCGAGUUGAUCGAGGCCGAGGCCGAUGCCCUCCGCUCCGGCGCCGAGGCCCGCGAGGGAGAGCUCGCUCUCCGGGUUGCUGACCUUGAGCGCAAGCUGCGUGUUCUCCGCGACGAAUCCCACACCGAAGCUAUCGAGCAGCGGGCUGCGUACGAGAGCAAGGAGGCGGUGUACAAGAGCACUAUUCGCGAGCUCAAGGCCCAACUGCGAGCCCAGGCUUCACAGCUCACCUCUGUCCGCUCCGACUAUGACCUAUACAUGACCGCUGACGCCCGCGCCCGCGAGCUGGAUGAGCUCGCGCUCGUUCACACCUCCUCGCUUGAGGUGAAGGCGAGGAGCGGCUCGUUCUCGCGCUCGCGCUCACUCUCUCCGACCAGUGCGCCUCCCGUCCAGCCUGCCAAGUCCGAGCAAGCAUCGCUCUCCCGGCGCCGCCCACUUUCCUCCCGUCGCGCAACCUCUCUUCCGCGUCGCGACGAUGGGGACAAAGUGCAGCGCUCCCGGCCUCGGGCGCCUCCUGCAACACGGAGUCCGACGCCAUCCGGAAGCCUGGUCGAGGCGGUUGGCUCGCUUUCACACGCGGAGCAUGGCACAAUGUCUCGGAUACCAUCUUCGGCCUCGUCUCCGACGUCUUGGUCGUCGUCGAUCUCCUCGACGUCGAUCGAGAGCAAAGUGACUGGGCAAGACGUCGCAGGAGCAGACGCGCUCACCUCGUCGCUCACGACGACCGCACCCCUCCACUCGGCUGCGCCAUUUCCAACGACUGCGACCACAAAGCCGUCGCGACAGCGAUCGCUCUUUGGUGACGCCCAGCCUGUGGAUGGUGCCGAAGAACGCCAGCAUGCGCACCGUCGCGACUCGGUGUCGUCAAUGCAGCGAUCCAACUCGGAGCGGGGCUCGUCGAGCCCUCGCAUCCACCGGCGGCGGGCGUCGGUGGCUGCGGUGCCGUCACCGUCGCCGUCACGCAAGUACCCAAGUUUGGUCUCGACCCGAAGUGUGGGCACGAGCACUGGUGACCUGGCGACUCGCGUCGCUGUGGCAUACGAUAGCGACGACGAGGAUGCAGACGCCUCGGCACUCGACUCGAUUGUCCGGGUCCUCUCCGAGGGCUGGGGUGGCGAUGUAACGCAGAACGAGGCCGAGUCACUAUUGGCAACGGUCUCUGUUCAGUACGCGUCGAUUCUUGCCGAGCGCAAAGCGCUGGAGGCUGAGCUGGCGACAGCGCACCAAGCGGUGCUUGACGCCGACAGCGAUCGCGCGUCUAUGGCACGACAGCUGUACACGCUGCAGGACAUGCUAGAAAGUGGUGACUCGACGCUAUUUGACAAAGUCCUCAGUGACGGCAAUGACGGCGACGGCGACGAUGGCGCGCCCAUCGGUCGCGUUACGCUCAUGUUUACCGACGUUCAGGGCUCGACUCGCCAAUGGGAGGCUGAUCCAGCGGUGAUGGAGCAUGCGCUGGGUAUGCACAACGAUAUCAUUCGCGGCCUGCUCGACGAGCACUCGGGCUACGAGGUCAAGACCGAGGGUGACGCCUUUAUGGUGGCGUUCAGCGAGACUGCCAACGCUGUCCGCUGCGGGCUGGCCAUCCAGCGCGCGCUGCUGGACGCGCCGUGGCCGGACAAGUUGCUGGAGAAUGCCGACUCGCAGGUAGUGCGUGGCGACGAUGGCGAGCUUCUCUACCGCGGCCUCCGAGUCCGUGUCGGCAUCCACACCGGGGAGCCGAUUUACGCGCGCGACCCGAUCACCGGGCGUAUGGACUACUUUGGACCGAUGGUCAACCGGUCGGCGCGUGUCGAGUCGCGGUCUUCGGGCGGUCAGGUUGUCAUUUCCAAGCUUUCGCGCUCGCUCCUGCCGGACGACUUUGACGCUCCCAUUUCAUCAAUUGGCAUCCAUGAGCUGAAGGGCCUUGGCCAGGCCGAGUUGUUUCAAGUCUGCGAGCCGGCGCUCGCAGCACGGACCUUUGAGAUGGAUGCGCGGCUGCCGAUCGGGGCCGAGGGUGCAGGCGACGACAAGCUCCCCCCGACUCCGUCGUCUCCAGCGCCGCCGCCGCUGUCGGCGUCGGACGCCGACCUCGUCGAGGUUCUUGAAGCCGAGCUGGCCAAGUCACAGGCCAAAAUCCGGCAGAUGCGGUUCCUACAGGCCGCCAAGCGGGCGGCCGCGGCGUCGACUUCCGCAGCAUCGACCCCGAUCGGUUCUGCGCCGACGUCGGCCGCAAGCUCACGGCCACCUUCACCACGGGUUUUGGCGCGGGUGUCUCGGGCUAUUGGCCUUGCUGAGCCAGCUGCGGACUCCCCGAACUCAUCUGUGCCUCGUCUGCGGUCUGUUGGAGCUGCGGCGACAGCGACGCCAGCGCCGCGGUACGACAUCGAGACCGAGUCUGCCACGCUUCACCGCAUCUCGCACACUGCCAAGCAGCGUGCGCUUGUGCGGCUGGGCGCGGUGGCUGCGUCGGACACGGGCUCCGGGGCGUCGGCGUCGGCGUCGGCGCCACAAGCUGGGCAUGAACUUCUUGUCGAAGCCUAUGCCGAGCUUGUGCGGAUGUAUGCAGAGCAAGAGGCAGUGCUCCGUACGACCGAUGACAGGCUGCGCGCGUUUUGCACCUCGGUGGCUAGUGUAUCCAAGUGGGCGCCGAUCGAGGUUGCGCUGGAGGAUGCUGGGGCUGCUGACGCGGCGCCCGAGGUUGUGGCCGCGUCACUGCACGCGGCGUCGCUCUCUCUCCGCGAGCUGGUCCCAGUCUUCCACGCUGCGGCCUCAGGCGCGCCGGACGCGACACGGCUCCUGCUCCGAAUCCAGCGGCAGGCCAAGGUCAUUCAUGAGCUGCAGCGGCGGCUUGGGCCAGAGCUGCAUCGUGCACGGGCCCGCGAGUUGGAGCUCACCCACGUUGCAAACCAGGUCCAUAACUACCGCGAGCGUGAGGAUGGUUACCAGCGUGCAGUGCGCGACCUUCAGUCGCAGAUUAAUGGUCUCCGCCACGCCCACAAACAGUUGCUGCGUGAUCACGCUAAGCUGCGCGCCUUGCACCGCGAGACGCGACUGGCCGCCGAGCGCGAUGCCGCCGAGCGUGCCGCCGCCGUCCGCAACCACCGUGCUGCCACCAUGGCCGCCACUGAGGCUGCAUACCAGGAUCGACCGUGGGCGGCGGCUACCGUCGCGUUCGCCGACGCCGACUCGCUCGCCGUCGCGCCACUCGGAGCGUCGCCAAGCUGA